AUGGCACCCUCUCUCCACCCUCUCGUUGACAACGGUAUCACACCUGGCUCCAGCAGCUUCACCGGUGGGAAGCUCUACUGCCGCUGCGACUCCGACAAGGUCGAGAUCACUCUGAAUAGCAAUGUUGCCCACAACCACGCCUGUGGCUGCUCUAAGUGCUGGAAGCCAUCCGGUUCUCUCUUCUCCAUUGUUGGCGUUGUCCCGCGAGAUGCCGUCUCGGUGACAGCAAAUGCCUCGAAGCUUUCGAUUGUGGAUAAGGAAGCUACCAUUCAACGCAAUGCCUGCAAGGACUGCGGUGUGCACCUCUUCGGGCGUAUCGAGAAGGACCAUCCUUUCAAGGGUCUCGACUUUGUACACGUUGAGUUGUCCGAUGAAAAGGGCUGGCAGGAACCACAAUUUGCCGGUUUCGUCUCAUCCAUCAUUGAACAGGGUUCCCACCCCAAAGAAAUGGAUGAAGUGAGAGCCAAAUUCGAGGCUGUUGGACUGCAGACAUAUGACGUCCUGUCGCCGGCGCUGAUGGAUCUGAUCUCUACUUUUACGGCUCAGAAGGCCGGUAUCAGAUUCGCCAAUUUGUGA